GCGCGCACCUUGCUAGCCGUACGGCCCCAAAGCAGCGUCGGUUAGGUGGAGGGCUUGGAGGAGCUGAAGAAGCUAAAACAAAGCUAGCUACGAAAAACUGCCGUCAUCUAACUUAUAGUCGAUGUUUGGCUUCUUAAAAUGUCAAAUUUUAAGACAUUCUUUUAGGCCGUUAAAGCUUAGCCAGCGCUUUCGAACUUGCCACGGCUUAGCCGCGGCCGUUGCUAAGCAAAUAGCCGUGCUAAGUUAGCGAGCUAGCCACUAGCUUAGCCGGCUAUCGUUAUCCCAGUACGGCCUCUCUAACUUCGCUGAGCCCUUCUUCUAUUCUCAUGCCCUGCCGACUUGAAGGAAGAUGGUGUCUUGGAUUAUAUCAAGGAGCGUGGUGCUGGUCUUUGGAACCCUCUACCCAGCGUACUACUCCUACAAAGCAGUGAAAACCAAAAAUGUCAAAGAAUAUGUCCGCUGGAUGAUGUACUGGAUCGUGUUUGCACUCUACACUGUAGUGGAGACAGUCACAGACCUCACUAUAGCCUGGUUUCCGCUCUAUUAUGAAAUAAAGAUUGCCUUUGUGAUCUGGCUCCUGUCGCCGUACACUAGAGGAGCCAGUGUUAUCUACAGAAAGAUCCUACAUCCUCUUCUGACUUCAAAAGAGAGGGAAAUUGAUGACUACAUUGUUCAAGCUAAAGAGCGCAGCUACGAGACCAUGCUGAACUUUGGCAAGCAGGGCCUAAGUAUAGCAGCUACUGCAGCUGUCACUGCAGCUGUCAAGGGGCAGGGUGCCAUCACAGAGAAGCUGAGGAGCUUCAGCAUGGCUGACCUGACUCAGAUCCCACAGGAUGAGGCCGGCGGCCAGCUGUACCCAGCCUACUCCAGUUCCAACCCAGCCAGGAGAGGCGCAGGCACCACCCAGCCCGACGGAGCCGAGUAUUACCAGUAUGAGCCGGAAGAGCGGACAGAUGAAGAAGGCGAGGCUGUAUUCUCUGAAGAUGAAGCUGUGACACAGCGUGGUCUCAGACGGUCUCAGAGCGUCAAAGUGUCCCGCUCCAAACUACGCAAAGAUGCCCGUUAUGGAUCUCUGAAAAUCAAAGGGAGAAGGAGGCCAGCACUGAACCCCAUGACAUACGCCAGCACUGAAAACUGACCAGUGACUACUGACCCAGAAGAGCUUUAUCUAUAGAAACCUAAUGUGUUAAUAUUCACCUCUUCUCUUAAUGGCUGUGGGUUUCAUUCUCAUGCUGAAAAUCCAGUAUGUUUUUUAAUGCAGCACAAACACAAAUAUUUAUUUCUGAAUAUUGAGUGUAAUCAAAUGCAAGUGUGAAUAUCAUGGUCAAAUAUGUAAUGUGGAAUUUCAGGGGCUUUUCUACUUGUUGUAGGUUUUUUUUAUCGCAUGAAAUGACCUUUUAGUAUUUUUAUUGUACUAAAUGCACAAAGCUAGAAGUGAAUUUCUUUGGAUGUGGGUUUUGUACUGUGUUGUUUUUGAGUCUCUUGUGCUGCCUUGUUAUUACCUAUUUUAAAUUAGAUUUUUCCAGUUGCUAAUUACAUAGAUCUUGAUACUGACACUUGAAUACAAUCAGACCAAAAGUGCCCCUUACCAUUAAAGGAAAAUAAUACUAAAGGGAGUGAAGGGGACUCGGGUUAAAUAUUUGGUGAAGGUUCCGUGGUUGCUCUUGCUGAUGGUACCUUUUUGUACAUUUUGAACCUUUGUUAUCCGGAUGCAGAAUGUACCCUGGUCUCAGAAGAAGACCACAUGUUUUCUUCAUAUACCAAAGUGUUAUAAUCCACUACAUCUGGUUCAGGUUGAAUCCAGAUGGAAGUGUGGAAAUGCUUGGCUGAAUGUUUAGUUCUUAAUUAAUGUGUUGGUAUGAUUGAAUAAACUUCUGAGUUUGCGGUCAAA